CCUCUCCGUACAUUUUGACCUGGGGCAUUUGACAAUUAGACAAAUACCCUUGUGUCUUCCAUCAAGACAUCUCUGACCAACUCUUACUUUCUCUCUCGACCAUUGAAGCUACCUUAGGUCAUAUUACCACAACCGCAUCUCCCAUUUUACGACAGCAUGUCAGACCUUCUACAAGAGAUGGCCGACGUGCCUCGAGACUUCUUCAAGGACGGCACGCAGUUUAUCAACAGAUGCACAAAGCCCGAUCGGAGAGAGUUCAUCAAGAUUUCGCAAGCAGUGGGAAUGGGAUUCCUGAUCAUGGGAGCCAUCGGCUAUUUCAUCAAGCUGAUACACAUCCCGGUGAACAAUGUAUUAGUAGGAUGAAUGUGGCAAUGGGUACAAACUUGUAUGAGUAUUUCAGUGUCUGGGCCGCAUGAAAGAGCAAGCAGCAACUCCUUGAAGUCGGAGAACGUCCAAGCCCAGAGGCGAGAGGAUCAAUCACCACUUUUCCAACAAGAGAUCAAUUGGACACCUGGACGCAUUUGCUGAACAGUGUUGCGACACACUGAUUUGUCGUGCUUCAAGUACAGGAUAUCGCUUUGCUAGCUUAAUGAGAAACUGCCCAAACAGAGCGUCAGUCUGCCAGUCGUUAU